AUGUCCUUGACCACUAGAAGGCUGGCGGAAAUCCUUUCCCGUGGGGGGGGGAGGAAUGGGCAGGAAUGGUAUCAAUCUGAACCUGAGGCCAUCGGCAAGGAGCCGCGCGACAGGGACAGCGAGUGGGAGUGGACUGGUGACGUCUCGCACCAGACGGUGGGGAAAAAGAGGACGAAACCAAAUGAAGCGUCGUGGUUGGACAGCUCAUUGCACGACCAUAUUCGAUCGAAACUUCCUCAGGACAACACUCGACCGACCCAAACCCAACUCUCCGCCAGGCCUCUUCCUCCAGAUACCUCCUUCCAUCUCCGACGUAUUCGGGGACAAUCGCGAGAAAUUCCGACGUAUCACCUCCUUUCUCACUCGCUCCACAUGAUUCACUUCCAGCGACAGUGCAAGGAUCCGGCCCGUCAGUUCAACCACCAGAAGAGUAAAACCGAUGCCGGUACCGGACGACAAAUCCAAGUCAACUUCUCCAAAAGGAAGGGCGCCGGCACCGUGAGGGUGUAUGGCCACCCAUCUACCGUCUAUGUAGCCUCAGAUAGGCAACGUCACACCAACAACGACGACCAACCACACCCGUAUCGUGCGUACACGGACACUGACACCAUGGACACGCCUCCGUCCUGGCGCCCUCUUGCUGUGCCGGCCCCCCACGGCGUACCGGCCCUGCUUGUGUCCACCGCCUUCGCCACCGAUUCCUACACCAUCCGCGUCACCGACAUGGCCAACCUAUGGGCCGAGGUGAUGGACCGCAGGGCUAUCUACAGGCGAAGUCUCGACGAGGACACCACCAUCGAUCCCACCGACAGUCCGCAGAACAUGCAGGCCUUUCUGUCGCGCAUCCGCUCCGCCUUCGACCCCUCGCACGAGGACCACGCCGAUAGCCGUCUGACCCUGUCCGUCGAUCCCCCAUCCGGCCGUGGCGGUGACCACGUUCUCGUCCUGAACAUGACUUGCGAGCUUCCCGGCUUAGACCCCCUCCGGUGGCCCAUGGUCUUGCACAGAUGCCCCCCGUCGCAGCUCGCCACCGAGCUGGUUCUACCGCUCAUACAGGCCAACCUGACCAGGACGCAGCAAGUGAACUCGCUUCUCGACAUCAUCCACCAAAAGGACGCUGUCCUCGCCAGGCUUCUGGACAAGCUUGAGGCCACUGGCACCCGCCUAGAACAUAUCUUCCCAGCCCUCUCGGCAAAGCAGAGGGUUUCCAGAAGUACCGCAGAGCAAAAGGUCCGCGGUCUGGCCCCUUUCAAGCGAGAGGUGUGGGACGACCAGCAAGCCGCCCGUGAUGAGCUGCCAAAAGAUGUCCCUUCUCUAACCGAAGCCGUCUUUGGCGAGACGGGACUUGCGUACCACUCAGGGAUGGAUGUCUGCGACUCCCCAGCCCUCGACAACUGGUGGACCAAACUCGGUAGUGCAUCGAGCAUACCCAUCAUUGGACCCAGACGGGGGAAUUCUCAGACGCAGAACAAGACCCUCCCUUUACAGAGUCGGACAGCCGAUGAUGCUGACGAGGAUGAUGAUGUUUUUGAGACCCAAGCCACCCCCCCACCUCGACCAUCGGCUCGGCAGCAUGCUGAAGACCAGAGAAAGGCCAAUGGUGAUGACGAGUCCACUCUGGAUGAAGACGGCUCGCCAUCUCCUCCUCCAGCCGAGCCCUCAGAUGCAGGGAAGGGGAAACACAGGCCUCCUUCACGACUUGGCGCUAUUGGCAAGAAAAAGCGCCCCUCUCCAACGCCGCCUCGGCCCCCUCGGCCAUCCACUCCCGGCGGGGAUGGGUCCGAGACGGAAUCCCAGACGGAAUCCGACUUGGAUGAGGAACCACGAGGGUCUGGAUCAACGAGAGACCGCCCAGCCCCGCCCUCUUCACUCGCCGGUACGACCCCCAAGAAGCGGGGUGGUCUUGGUCGCAUCGGCGGCACCAAGAGAGAAGAGCCUGCGCCCUCAUCCAGAACCGAGGACACACCAGCAGCAACGGCGCCAGAGAAACGAACGCCCAGGAAACUCGGCAAAAUCGGCCAUAAGUCUGUUGCUACUCACCCGCCAGAUGGGGACGGGGACGGGGACGGUGAGGGUCACACGCGAGGGCGGACGACAGAGCGAGACCCGGAACCAGAGGCGAGAGAAACCUCCGAGGAGAGGGCUAACCGCAAGCGGGAAGAGCUAAAAAAGGAACUGGAAAGGAAAGCUGCGGCCGGCCCGGCACGAAAGAAGCGCAAAUUCUAG